AUACCCGUUGCCAUCUUUACCUCCGUGCACUCCACUGCCCCGCACGCCCCUGCCACAUGCCGGGCCUCGCCGUCCAGCGGUGGUUCCUCAGCUGAAGCGACCGGGUUCGCUUUGCGUUUCCUGCGCGGCACUGCGAGCCUGCGAUGCUGGCUCUGCGACGGGGCCGGUGGUGACUCGCUGAGACAGCUUGCGAUCCCGCGACCGCGGCGGGAUGGGCAGGGCGGGCAAGUGGCUCCGGAGCUUCCUGCCGGGCAGGAGGGGCAAGGCCGGGGCGGCGGACCCCGCGGACCUGGCGCUGGCGCUGCCGGGGACGGGGACGACCACGACCACGACGACGCCGGCGUCCACGCCGGGGGCCAAGGAGAAGAGGCGGUGGAGCUUCCGCCGCCCGGCGGCGGCGUCGCCCGCCAAGGACGCGCAGGGCGGCCGGCUCGCGCACUACAGGUCCCUGGAGCCGCGGGUGCUGGACCCAGACCAGCACGCCGUCGCCGUGGCCAUCGCCACGGCGGCCGCGGCCGAGGCGGCCAUGGCGGCCAAGCAUGCCACCGCGGCCAUCGUCAGGCUCUCAUCGUCCGCGCCGGGGUCCAAGCGCACCGUCAUCGGCAUCGACGAGGCCGCCGCCAUCAAGAUCCAGGCCGUCUUCAGGACUGUAACAUUGCAUAUUCAUUUGCUCAGGAUAUUUGGUCAAGAAAUUCAGAAAGUUCAGAUUGUUAACUCUGAAUGGUAGCCAACUCUGUGACCUGUUCAAGCAAUGUUGUGUUUGAUCUGAAAAUACUGCAAGUUCAGCACCACAUUGGAGAAUGCAUUUCUGAACAUUUCUGAAUGCAUUUUUUUAUCUCAUCUGGAGAAUGCAUUUGUGCUGAAACCAGACAGCAGGACUGCAGAAUAGAACACUUCAUUGCACUGUAGUUGGCAGAAUGGAACACUUCAUUUGUCUGAACAAUGUUGUCUAGUGUCUGGAAAGAAAAUUAAUAUAGCAAUCCUGUCUGCAAGAUGAACAAAUUUAGUGUAGGCUGCAGACUUGAGAUAAACAUCACACAGCUAUGACAUUCUGUUCUGCUGAUAUUGUAACUUAAGAACUUUGUUCUUUCCUCUCUUUUUUUUUUGUUUAAUGCAAAUGUGUUCCCUGGGUGGUUCAUUCA